UGCUGCAGCCCGUCGCUGGCCUGGCCGGAGUCCGAGUGCGUCGACGCCAGCCGCCGCUCGUCGCCGCGCCGCGGCCCAUCCGCCGGCCUGCGCCCUCAUCCCGGCAAGCUCUGCCGCCGGCACAGCGCCAGGAACGUCGACUCGGCUGCACUGCCGAGUGGCUCUUCUCGGUAAGCUUCGCUACUCCGCCAGCGCGACGCCAGCUCGCCGUCGCCGCCUUCGCGCCGUCGCGCCGGCGCACACAUGGACCUCUCCGCCGCGCCGCUGCCGCCGCAGCCGCAGCCGGCUGCGUCGCCCGCAGCAGCUGUGCUGCGCACCUCGCCGCCGCUGGACGCCGUCACUAAGGCGCCGCAGCCUGCGCCUGAUGCAGCGGCCGUCGUCGAGCCAGCAGCACAGCCUGACGCUGCGGCCGAGGUGAAGAGCGUCGACUUUGCCGCGCUUGCGAGCGAUGCCGGGGCCGCGGACGAUGCGCCUGCUCCGCCAUCGGUGAGCACUGCCGAGCCCACGAGCGAUCUCGCUGCAUCCACGGCACCAGAGCUUGCUGCACCUGCCACGGCAGCCUCGGCGCCGCAAGGUGCCAGCGAGAGCGCGGCAGGUGCGUCAGCCGCCGUCGCGUCGCCGCAGGUGCAGAGCGCUGCCGGCAGUGGGUCGGGCGCGCCAGCACUCGCUCCUGCCGAGAGCUCGACAUCUGCGAACCUCGAGCAGGGCGCUGCCAGUGCGCCAUCAGGCGCGCCGCAGACAGGUGCCACAGGCGCUCCUGCCGUCGACCUGCCGGGCAGCGAGCCGGGGCCCAGCACUGGCGCCUCGCCGCCGCAGGACGACUUCGAUGCGCUCUUCGCCAUGCCGGAGGAUGCGUGGCAGACUGCAGGCGCCGUGGACGUGGCCUCUGCCGACGGCGGCGCUGCGGAUGGGCCAUCGACGUUUCCUCUCGAGGAGGCGCCCAUGCUCUCUGCUUUCCAGACGCCGUCGUCGGUUACGAGUGCCAUCGAUGCUUCCGCAGGGCAGUCUUCUGCCGCAGAAGCAGCACCAAAACAGCCACAGAGCGCGCCGACAGAAGCGGCAGCCGAAGCUGGACCAAGCGCGCCCACUCUUCUAACAGGCACGGCGCCUGAUCGGCUUGGUAUCAACGACACCGAGGCGCAGGCGCCCUCGCUUGAGCCGCAGAGCGACACGUCCAAGAGCGCGGCAGCAUCGACCGCAGACGACGCAUCGCAGCCCAACGCCGAUCUGACGAAGCCGGCGGACAUCGCGCAACCGAGCGUUGCAGACGACGCAGCGCCGACCGCGCCAUCAGGAGUGCAGCCUGCUCAAGCAGCAAGCUCGACGCUGGCACCACAACAGGCCGCCGCCGCGCCCGCACCUGCCUCGGCAGCUGGAGAGCUGGCAGCCCCUACUGCGCCUCUCGCCUCUGCAGCUCCGGCUGAGCCAUUGCCCGCCUCGGCGCCGUCAAUACCUGCGGCACCCGUGGCCAGCAACGCCGUUGCGCCAGCCGCAGCUGCCGCAACGUCGACGCACGCCGCAGUUCCGCCGGCGCCGACUGCGAUCGCCAGCGCGCUGCCCGCAUCUGCGCCAGAGACGUCUGCAGCCUCGACGAGCAGCUCGGCGGAUGUCGCAACAUCUGCGCUGCCGCCACCCUCAUCAGCGCCGGGCUCCAUGGGCCCGCCGACCUCGACUGCGUCGCUCGCCUCCGCUCCUUCGUCGACGGACGCGAUCUUGACCACGGCGCCGCUGCCGCUGUCUGCUAGCGGCUCUGUGGCCGGCGCCUCGCCGCCCAAGUCUGCCGCACCAUCGCCGAAGAGCGCGCCGUCGCCCAACGGAGUCCGCCGUGCUUCUGGGCCAGGUGCGAGCGAAGAGGUCACCGCGCGAAGAGUGUCGCUGGUGCUCAAGAUCAACAAGGAGCUCAUCCGGCUAUGCAUCGAUCUCACGACGCGCGGACUGACCAGUGAUCCGAUAUACCGAGAGGCUGCUCUGCGUCUGCAAGGCAACCUCGGCUUCCUGGCCGGCAUGGCGGACCGCUCCAGCAAGGGCGAGAGCGCCGGUCCCGCGCCGCCACCGCGCGCCGAGCCCUUUCCCGCGACGCCGCUGGCGCCUGACACGAUGCUGCCGACGCUCUAUCAACACCUCAAGGCCACGCUGACGCCCAGCGCGCCGGCCUCCGAGGACGGGCGGAAGCGCUCCCGAGAGCAGAGCCUCGACGCGGGCACGCCGGGCGGCGAUGCCAAGCGGCGGGCCACUCGCACCUCCAUCGGCGGUGGCACUUCUUCGGCACCGUCGCCAGCGGGCAGCGCAGUGGGUGCUGCCACGCCUACUGCUCAGCCGACUGGCUCCACAGAGGCUUCAGCAGCGUUCGCGCGACCGUCGACGCCAAACGCCGGGCCGGCAGGCGCCAUGCAGAACGCACGCGGCCGGCCAAUGUCAGCACAGGGUGCACAACAGCCCGGUGCUCAGCCGCAGCAGCCGCAGCAGCAAGCACAGCAGCAGUUCCCGCACCAGCAGCAGCAGUCGGCAACGCAGGGCCCGCAGCCCAACGGCUCCAACCCGCAAACUCCGGCACGGAGCAUGACACCGAGUGCGCAGGCGCAGGCCAUGCCGCCGCCGAGCUACACGAUGGCCAACGGGCACGCCUCGCAGCCCGCCACGCCGACAAAUCCCAUGAACGCGGCGAUGGGCGCUCCGCAGCAGCAGCAGGCUCAGGCUCAGCAGCAAGCAGGCUUCCAGACGUCGUCCGGCCCGAGCGCGCAGCAGGCUGCGGCGCUGAUGCAAGCCUUCGGCCCCAACGCCAUCAGCAACCUCAACUCGCUGCAGGCUCACUUCAAGGGCCAGCCGCAGCCGAUCAUCACGUACAUGGAGGCGCAGAUUGCCAACUUCCGCCAGAUGUCGGUGCAGCAGCAGCUGCAGGCGAUGACGAACGCGCAGAACCUCGCCGUGCAGCGCCAGCGCCAGGCGCAGCUGGCCGCACAGCAAGGCGCACAGCAGCCGCCGGCCCACGUCCGGCGCACCUCAGUGGCGCAGAGCCCGCCUGCAAGCAUGGGCUCGCCUUCCGGGCGCAUGCCCUCUUCGUCGCACGCCGGCUUCAACCCGGCGAUGCACGCCAUGAACGGCACAGGCAGCAGCAACAUCGGCAGCCCGACGCCGCGCCUCUCGAUGAGCGGCGCCGCAGGCAGCGCGGCCGCCAGUCCCAUGGCGAGCCAGAGCUACGGCGUGGCGACACCGGCGAUGACGAACCAGUUCAUCCGUCCCGGCAGCGCCGGGCCAGGCGCCACGCCCAGCGAUGCGUCACCGGCGCGCGGCUCGCCGGCGCCGAACGCAUACAUGAGCGGCCUGCCGCAGGGCAUGCAACAGCAGGCGUACCAGCAGCCACCGCAGCAGCAGUCGUAUGCGCAGCCGCAGCUGCAGCAGCUCCAGCAGAUGCAGCAGCUGCAGCAGAUGCAACAGCAGCUCCAGCAGCAGGGCGGUAUGGGCGCCUUCAACGGCAACUCGUACAACAUGGGCGGCGCCGGCGGCACGCAGCAGUGGUUCGGCUAGCCGUGCACUAAAACGGGCACGCGCGGCGGUCUGCAUCGCGCCUCUCUCUCCUUGGUCUCCUCCUCGCCUCCGUCAUGCUUUCGGCCUCCUUGUGCACAUGAAGCCUCGCACGUCCUGCUCGAGCUGCCUCAUGCG